AUGAUACUAACUAAACGAUCUAAUUUUUUUAUUACAGCACCCGAAUCUGGUAUAUAUCAGUUUGAUAUUCAAAAUGUUGAUGAUGGUGUUAUGGCCUUCAUAGGUACUUCUGCUUAUGAUUGUUGCACGGGCAACCUAACACCUGGCAGUACCACCCCUUUGAUAUUUUCAUCCAAAGCCUUUAAUUCCGAUGAUCCCACACAAGUUUCAUCAUGGGUUUACUUAGAAGCAGGUUCUCUAUAUCCUUUCAGAGUUGUCUACCUCAAUGCCAUUUCCGCUGGGUCUAUGAAUUUUCAGGUCACUACCCCUUCAGGUUCUUCAGGUGAUGUUGGUAACUAUCUGUAUCAGGUAUCAUCUUCUCCAAACAAUUGUACACCGCAGGUUGUCAGUACUACAUUUGUUACUUCUACAAGUUGGGUCACUUCUGGAUCAGCUUCGAAAACAGUGAGCUAUGUUACAACUGAUGCUAGUGGGUCUUCGAUUGUUGUUGAAGAAAUCAUAUAUCCAUCUAAUAUUGCAACUACAACAAUUUAUCAUCAAGGUUCGUAUACGGAUUCCCAUACCUAUACUACAACGGGCUAUAUAUCUUAUCAAGGUGGACUGGUUCCCGGCCAAAUUGUUAGUAUUGACAUACCACCAUAUUCAACAACCUUAAUCCCUUACUAUACUCAAAAUACAAGAUAUACAAUAACGAGACUUGUUGGUACCUCAACUGUUGUCCAAGUUUUCAUUCAAGUUCCACAGACUAGUUAUAUCGCCGGUGAUUAUAACACUUUAUCGACCACUGUUUCUACUGGUGCUUCUACAACAGUUAAAUAUGUUUAUGGACCACCAUUAUCAACAGUAAUAACUUAUCCAGACAAUUACGCCCCAACAAUGUCCCCUUACCCUACAGUAAUAGGUACCAGUUGGGUACUCAUGUCUCCUGCCUCCAUCUUCAAAGAACGGUCAACUUGGGCUAGGGCAUCCGGAGCAACCUAUACAACGUACACAGUUACCACAGUCAAUGGUGUUGCAACUACUAGCUCAUAUAUCCAAGAGUAUAUUGUCAGCAGAUCAACAACUGUCUUUUACACUGGUACAAACCAGCCAUAUCAGGCUCCACCAUCUUUAAUUGUUACCUCCACGGACUCGGAUGGUAAUCUCUAUGGUUAUUCACAAAUUUACUUCUAUUAUCCAGGAAGAGGUACUCAUUUUAUUACCGGUGCAACACCAACAACUAGAACAACAACGAGUGGAAAUUCAUCUUGGUUGGAAAUUGUUGGUACUUUUCCGACAACUUAUAGCUUCUGGGGAAGCUCGUAUGCUACAACUACUUCAUACUACUACAAUUCGGAAAUUUCAGAUUGGGAAAUGAUCAACGUGUAUCCAUCUCCAACAUCUGUUUACUCUCUCUACACUGGGUCCACAACGUCUACAGUGACACAAGCGAUUGUUGCACAGGGGAAGACUACUGGAUACGAAGUGGUUCUUUAUAUUCCUUAUUAUGCCACAUCUUAUUCGUUUAUCACAGGCACUAGCUAUCAGACUAUUUCAACAGGUUCAGUAAUAACCAACAGCCUUGGUGAAGUUACAACAUCUACCUAUGUUUACAUAGUCAGGCCUCCAUUUCCAACAGUUACCACUACUUGGGGUUCUACAUUCAAUACAACAAGAUUUGAACAGGUGACAAUUACAGGAAAAGACGGAAGUCCAAUUACCACAACUAACGAAAUUAUAUAUAUUGGAACAACUUAUCCUCCUUCCAUUGUAUCAAGUACUCCUUUAAGCUCCAGAUUCACAUCCAACACUUUAAUUUCGGCAUCAUCUAGUACACCAUCUAGUACACCAUCUAGUACACCAUCUAGUACACCAUCAAGUACACCAUCAAGUACACCAUCAAGUACACCAUCAAGUACACCAUCUAGCACACCCUCAAGUGCACCAUCUAGCACACCCUCAAGUGCACCAUCAAGUGCACCCUCAAGUGCACCAUCAAGUGUACCAUCCAGCACACCAUCAAAUGCAUCAUCAAGUGUACCAUCUAGCACACCAUCAAAUGCACCAUCAAGUGCAUCAAGUGCACCAUCAAGUGCAUCAAAAGCAUCAAGUGCACCAUCAAGUACACCAUCAAGUGCACCAUCUAGCACACCAUCAAGUGCAUCAUCAAGUGCACCAUCAAGUGCACCAUCAAGUGUACCAUCCAGCACACCAUCAAAUGCACCAUCAAGUGUACCAUCUAGCACACCAUCAAAUACGCCAUCUAGUACACUAUCUAGUACAAAAUUAACAACUACUUUAUCGUCACUACAACCAUUCAGCCAAUCAACUUCUGCAUCCACUUCUACAACUCCUGCAAUAGUUCCAAGCGCUUUGGCUAGUUCAUCGAGUUUAUCCUUCCUUUCAACUUUACCUAACAGAACAGGAGGAAUUUCAUCUUCAGAUACAUCUAGCUCCAGUAUUAGCCUGACUGAUACUACUAGCAUUAGUAUUUUAACCAGUACCACAGGCGGAAUUACUAGUGUUAUACCAAGCGCUCUUUCUUCAUCAAUUGAGCCUACAAACAGUUUAACAAGUGAAACUCAGACCCUAUUUACUACUACAGCAGUAACAACAGAAAACUCAGAAUGUUCAAUCUCAACCGUUGUUAUUUCCUCAACGACUGUUAUCUCUGGCACCGGCAAUGUCGAAGUUGUAACUAGUAUUUUCACUCCGCCAGUUUCAUGCUUGACAUCGUUUACUACUUUUUCAACAACCACUGAUGCUACGAACUGUAGUGCAUCCACUGGAACUACCACAACUACGUUUGUGGGUACUGACUCCAUAACUACUGUGUCAGUCGACAUUAUUGUUUCUACCCCAGUUGACACGUGCACCCAAAGCUCAGCUGUAAUAUCCACCACUCCAAGCAACGCUUUCACCACCAUCACUACAACUGAAAAUAGUCUCUGUGAAUUUACUACAAUCACAUACACUAUUCCCCAGAGUGUGGGAAUGGUAACCAGCGUUGAAGUGAUUGUUGCAACUCCACCACCAACAUGUAAUGUGUAUGUUACAACUGAAGCAGGCUCAAGGUGUGACACUACUGUGUCUUACACUACUUUCAUUGGUACCACCAACUUAGAAGGCGGCUAUGUUAAUGGUACAUUGGUUGUUGUUGAAACACCACCUUAUUCUUGUUUACCAACAACCACAAGUAGUACAGGGUCUGAUUCAAGUGAGCCAACCUCAACCUAUACUCCUUCUGUUACCUCAUCAGUCCCACAGUCAACGCCAUCAAUUACAACAAGUGAGACGGAGACGGCAGUAGUUACAGUUACAAGUUGUUCCGAUAACAAGUGUCAUAUCAGUGAGGUUACGGUCACGGACACCUCGACAGAGACAACCUGUCCGGAGUCGUCUCAACUAAAUGAUACAACUAAACCAACUAACUCAGGCACCGCUGCCCCUGAAGUGACCAGAACAGAGCCACAAGCACAUUCUCAAACUGAGACAACUCCGACAAGUACACCGGAUAAUCCAGAUACUACAAAUACACCGCCAGAAACAUCUGGAUCCGCGGGAACACCAGCACCACCAUUAACAUCUGUUUUACCAGCACCACCUUCAACGACGGCUACACCGUCAGCUUCACAAACUUCAUCAACACCAAUAAACCCACCAUCGACUGAAACCCAUCCAAGCGAUACGGGUAAUCCUAGCUCUACGAAGGGAUCCUCUGAAGCACCCGUUCCAGGACAUUCUGCAACUACACUCACCCAACAACAACCCCCUUUCCCUGCUCCAAGUAGUGCGUCACCUAGCGUUUCUACUCCAGAAGUUUCGGAAGGCUCCAUAUAUUCCGGGUUGGCAGGACAAAUCACGGCCAAUGGCGUCGGUAUAAGCAUUGCUCUUCUCAUUUCUGCAAUCUUGCACAUUUAA